AUGUCGGCUUCGCCAGCGGAGGGAUCAGAUGAGUGGAAGGCCCAGGACAAAGGGCCAAUCAUCGUUAUCGUCUGCUGGAUUGUCACGGCCAUCAGCACUUGCUUCGUCUUCGGUCGUGUCUACGUGAGGGGGAAGAUAAUGAAGAAGUUCCAGAGCGAUGAUUGGUUCAUCAUCUUAGGAUUGUUCUGCGGUUACAUCUCAACGGCUUUGUCUACGAUCGCAGUCACCUACGGAAACGGAAGGCACAUGUCCCUACUAUCGACCGAGCAGCAGCAGGGAGCCAUUCUCUGGACUACGGCAGCUUUCUGCCCUGGUAUCAUGUCCUUCGGUCUCCCCAAACUAGCUGUUGUCUCCUUGUUGGUUCGACUGAUGAACCCUGACAGAUAUCAUAAGUGGUUUUUAUGGUGGCUGGGGAUUUGGUGCCAGUUGACGCUGUUCGUCACGGCUGGUCUCCUACUUGGACGUUGCAUGCCGGCCAGGUCCUUGUGGGACUUUUCUGUCAAGGGCACCUGCUUUGAUGUCAAUAUUCUGGUGGCCUAUUGCAUUUAUGCGGGAUCUUUCUCGGCCUUUGUCGAUGUAUACCUCGCUGUUUACCCGGCAAUUGUACUAUUCCGCCUUCAGAUGGCCACAAAAAAGAAAAUUGCGCUUUCUUGUGCGCUAGGCAUCGGGUCAAUAUCUGGUAUCGUUGCUAUUUACAAGACGACUCGCAUCCCGUCCCUUGCGAGCAAGGAUUUCUCAUACGAUACCUCUGAUCUGGUGAUCUGGACAGUUGUCGAGGGCAGCACCAUCAUUAUCGCAAGCUCAAUACCUGUCAUGCAGCCGCUUCUUGAGCUCAUUCUUCGGCGCAACCCCUUCAGCUCGUCUAAGGGGUCCAAACAAACGCCACAAUAUUAUGAGGACUACGGCUCUCAGAGCAAGUCAAAAUCUCGGGGAGGAGGAGGUAUUGAGCUGGGACAGCGCAAGCCAAAAGUCAAACCCAAAGAUGAACUUGGUCUCACCAUUGUCGAGGGCGACAGCCAGGAGAAUAUCCUUACGCCAGCAAACGACUCGAACCAGGGCAUAUCAGCUUCUUCAAAUGCCCCAACUCUCACAUCCAGACAAAGUGACUCAAGUCAGCGUCCCUCUGACGGAAAGAUUAUUCGGACCGACUUCGUGAGCGUUACUUACGAGGAACAAGGUCCGGUUCGCGAUAUAUCGGCUUCGAGCCGAUGGAGAGCCGUCUAG